CUAGUGGGGCUGUCUGGUUUCACACACUAUAUUACAAUAUGACAAUACUCCUGGGGAGCCAUAUCUACUGAAACGAGAUAUGUUUUAACUUGCGAUCUUGCUUCGGUCAAGAAUUCAUCCACUCUACAAGUUAUACUUCCCCGAAUCAAGUUGUGAAAAGAGAGGGCUCAUCCACCAUGAACGGCAUCCUGCAAAUGGUUUUUAUCACCUACUUGGCCAUGGGUCUGUCGCCAGCAAUCGAAGCGGGUGCCGUCGUCCAACCCUGCUGCCCGAUGUUCUGGACCCUCCGAGGUAACCGUUGCUACCGCUACAUCGGGAAGUCCAUGACCUGGCACGACGCCCAGAACCACUGCAACGGCCUGGACCACAUGGCAAACCUCGUGUCUCUCGGUACAGAAGGGGAGGCUAAGUUCGUGCACCAUUUCUUCAACGAGAAAAGUGGAGGAUCGUACCCGCACUACUGGAUAGGUCUGCAGGAUGUCACGAAGGAGGGUGAUUACAAAUGGAUUGGUAUCAACCGACCCAUGACGUACAACAACUGGUACCCAAACCAGCCAGAUAACACAGGAGAUUCAGACUGCGUUGAAGUCACAACAAAAUCUGGUUUCUGGAAUGACGACAGAUGCCAGUAUCAAAAACAGCCAUUCAUCUGUGAGAGACCUCGACCUUCACGCCCAAAAUAA